CAUCCCAAUUUCAAUCCAGCUAGUUGCAGUAGUUGAUAAGGAAAAAAGAAAGAAGAAGAAGAAAAAAAAAGGAUAAUCCUUCACUUUGAGAGACUAAAUUAUUUCAAAAUGGAGAUGAAGUUGCCAGUAGGGUUAAACAAGGCCAAGCCAUACUUGACAAUGACGUCCCUCCAGUUUGGGUUUGCAGGGAUGUAUGUUAUCACCAUGGUUUCUUUGCAACAUGGGAUGAACCAUUAUGUUCUUGCUGUUUAUCGUCAUUUAGUUGCCACCAUUGUUAUUGCACCCUUUGCUUUAGUUCUCGAAAGGAAAAUAAGGCCUAAGCUUACUGUCCCCAUUUUCCUGAGAAUCUUGGUCCUUGGUUUCCUAGAGCCAGUGAUAGACCAAAAUCUGUACUAUCUGGGGAUGAAAUACACCACGGCAACGCUUGCUUCUGCCACUGUUAAUGUCAUUCCUGCAAUUACAUUCGUAUUGGCAUUGAUUUUCAGGUUGGAGAAAGUAAACUUGAAGAAGGUCCAUAGUAUAGCCAAGAUAAUUGGAACAACAAUCAUGGUCCCUGGUGCAGUUAUCAUGACACUGUACAAAGGUCCUUCAAUCAGUUUCACAAAGUUUGGAGGAGGAGCUCAUCAAACUGCAACCAAUGUAGCUGAGGCUAAGCAUUGGGUUGUUGGGACAUUAAUGCUCCUGGGCAGAUGCUGGGGCUGGUCAGGCUUUUACAUAUUGCAGUCAUUCACAUUAAAGAUGUACCCAGCAGAGCUAUCUCUUACAGCUUUGAUAUGCUUUAUUGGGACCAUAGGAGGUGCAGCAGUCUCAUUUGCAAUGGAAAGAGACUUGAAUGCCUGGAAAAUUGGCUGGGAUUCAAGCCUGUUAGCUGCCGUAUACUCCGGAGUGGUAUGUUCAGGAAUAGCAUAUUAUGCACAAGGGGUUGUGAUAAGAGAACAAGGUCCAGUUUUUGUUACAGCUUUUAGUCCCCUUUGUAUGAUCAUCACUGCAGUUUUAGGAUCAAUGAUAUUAGCUGAGAAAAUACACCUAGGAAGCAUAAUAGGGACUGUUCUUAUAAUCUUUGGACUCUACACUGUACUGUGGGGUAAAAGCAAAGACCGAAAAAGCUCAAACACAGAGGAAGGUGGUAAAGACAUACAGUUGCCAAUCUCGGACAGUGGUAAAUCAAUCAACUUGGAAGAUAGUACCGAUGGAGCUGCUAGGAUUUUGAAGAUCCCAGCUGAGAAUACUGGAGAAGCAUGAGAGAACAUGUAACAAGUAAUUUUUUAUAUUUGCAUUUUGCAGUGGAGAUUUUUAAGCUGUAAAGUGAUUUAUAUUAUAUUAUAUAUAUGUAUGUACGUAUGUAAUGGUUUCAGCCUGAUCUCUCCCACUAUGGGAGUGUUUUCGUUUAAGAAUAAACAAUGGACGGGAUUUUAGCCUGUUAAAA